GCUCGCCCCCAUCCGCCAUCGGGAGAAGGUUGGCGUGGGGCGAGAGCCUUGCCCUUUCCGGGAAAUCCCCGGCCCUUUCCUCGGCUCAGUCCAGCCCCCUCUCCCCGUCUGAGACCGUGACGCCCGCGCGGGCGGGGAAGGAGCUGGGCAGGGGGCGGGGCCGAGGGGCGGGGCCUGGAGGAAGGGGCUCCGCGUAGCCCGGGACCGGGCUGAGUUGGCUGGCUGGCGGCAAGUGCUGACAGAGGGGACGCCGUAGCCGGCCCUGCCCUGCCCUGCCCUGCCCUGCCCUGCCCUGCCUGGCGAGCGCUGCGAGGGGAGCCCGGCGCGCGGAGCGGAGCGAGCCAUGGCGGCCGGUGGACACGAACCAUAUGUAGAAAUAAUUGAACAACCUAGACAAAGAGGCAUGCGUUUUCGUUAUAAAUGUGAAGGACGGUCAGCAGGGAGCAUUCCAGGAGAACAUAGUACAGAUAAUAAUCGAACAUACCCAUCUAUACAGAUAAUGAAUUGUUAUGGGAAAGGAAAAGGAAAAGUAAGAAUAACUCUGGUAACAAAGAAUGAGCCAUACAAACCACAUCCCCACGAUCUAGUUGGAAAAGACUGUAAAGAUGGCUACUAUGAGGCUGAAUUUGGUCAGGAACGCAGAGCUCUGAUUUUUCAGAAUUUGGGGAUUCGAUGUGUAAAGAAAAAAGAAGUUAAAGAAGCCAUCGUUUCGCGAAUUUCAGCAGAAAUUAACCCUUUUAAUGUUCCAGAACAAGAGUUACUCAACAUCGAAGAUUGUGAUCUCAAUGUGGUAAGACUCUGUUUUCAAGUUUUCCUUCUGGAUGAACAUGGCAAUUUAACAUCAGCUCUUCCUCCUGUUGUCUCCAACCCAAUUUAUGAUAAUCGAGCACCUAAUACUGCAGAAUUAAGGAUCUGUCGGGUAAACAAGAAUUGUGGAAGUGUCAAAGGAGGGGAUGAAAUAUUCCUACUCUGUGACAAAGUUCAGAAAGAUGACAUAGAAGUUCGAUUUGCGUUGAAUGAGUGGGAAGCUAAAGGUAGCUUUUCACAAGCAGAUGUACAUCGGCAGGUAGCCAUUGUAUUCAGAACACCACCAUUUUACAAAGAAAUAACUGAACCCAUAACAGUAAAAAUGCAGCUCCGAAGACCUUCGGACCAGGAAGUUAGUGAAUCCAUGGACUUUCGAUAUCUGCCAGAUGAAAAAGAUCCAUAUGGUAAUAAAUCAAAGAAACAAAAAACAACUUUAGAUCUCCAGAAGCUGCUCCAAGUUAGCUUUCCAGAAAGAUCAAAAGCUGGUCCUCCCCGAUCAACUGGAGAAAUGAGAAUCAUCAAAAAAGAAAUGUCAAGAACUCCAGGAGCUAUGCAUCAAGUCCCAUCUUACUUUCCUUCAUCUUUUGUGUCGAGUUCAAAUACAAUGUCACAUCCAGCUUCAACUCUAUCUUCAAUGGGAACUUAUCCUUCUUCAAGCUGGCCUUCGAUGACUCUUCCUACAUCAAUAAACUCAAUUAAUACACAUUCACCAAAUGGUUUUCCAACAGGGACACUUUCCUCUGGAUCACAGAAUAGCCGGUCAUACCUGGAAACAGCUAAUAUUUCAAGUAGCCUAGAUACUUCUGAUCCUUGCCUUUUCAACAAUGGCACAGAUGGAAUUGGAGCUCAGUCCCUAGCCCAGGCUGACCUUUUUAGUGUGAAUACCAGUAUGUUGCCGAAUCGUCCCAUGAAUAUUACAACGCCCAACAGUGACAGUAUGAUGGAGACUGAGACGCCGUUUGUGAGCAUGAACCUUGAGAGCUCAUCGUAUAACUCUGUGUUAACCCCGAGAGACUACAGACGGCCACUGCAUCUGACGUCUUCGGCCAGGGUGUCCGCGGUGGGCUCCAGCACCAGCCCUCCUCUCCUUGUGCCACAGGCAGAUAUGUUUGAUGCCGUAGAUUUUACUUGUCUAGAGAACAGUACAGUAAGUGAAUCUAAAUCAUCAGGCAAUCCUAAUUCAAAUAACCCAAGUUUUAUGCCUAACAGUCAGUGUUACAUUAAUGAUAAUAUGCAAAGUGAAGAUCAUUUUAAUUCCUUUGAAGUCAAUUUAGAUUUUUUUAGUACAGGACUUGUCUAAUUGAAAUGGAGUGUAUAUCUUUUGAAUAGAUAAUUGAAUAUCAUUUUAAGAUUCUGUUUUGAAUUUUAAGAUGCAUCAUUUUAUACUUAUCUUAUGCACUGGAGCCUUGCUAUAAUAUAUAGUAUGUAAAUUUGAUAUCUUUUAAUGGAUCAUGUAUCAGAGGAGGUUGCCAUAGAAGUGUCCAAAGUAAUUCUUUGCAAUAAAGUUUCAUCUAUGGCUUUGGUUUUAUUGAAGGGAUUACUUGAAGAGGGUGCUUAUAUCAAGGUUCCAGUACACAAGCAAAUAAACUUCCCCCCAAAAAAUGUACUUCAAAGACAUUUCAUUCUAACAACUUUGUAUAUGCCUGUGUUUUUAAUGAAUUAUCUCAAAUUUGCUUUCAAGCAAAUUUUACAUAGAUACUGUAAUGACCAUGUCAUUGAAAAAAAAUUUUCAGCAUUAUUAUUAUUAUAGGCAGCAGGUGCCCCCAAGGGGUCUCUUGUAGCCAUUUGAUAUAAUGUGUAGAUUUGCUGGUUGUUAAUAAAGCCUGGCCCUGAAGAAUAGAGCAUUGGGAUCAUCUGGAGUAGGCAGCAAAUUUCCAAGAAAUUAUACUGUUUCAUAACUGGCUGUUCAUUGGAUAAAGCUGUUUCUUUGUAAUUGAGUAUCUCUUUAAUAUCUCACUGCUCCUUCAAAGAAGUUAGAUUAUGUUUGGUAUUAUGGUAGAGGUAUUUAUCAUAGCUUCUUUCACCUCUGGAAAUGAUUUAGAGACCUUUGUUAUCUAAUUUUCCUCAGAUUCUUUAGUUCUUCCCACUUUUCAUUUGAGUAAAUAAAUGACUUUUCUGUAAUUCAAAGUGAAAUUAUUUCAUCUCCCAAAAAGUGAAUUUUAAAUCAGGUGAAGCUGAUACUGACCAGAAGAAUGUAAGCUCCUUGAGCACAGGGAAUGUUGUUGACUUUGUAUCCCCAAACUUAGCACAGUAUCUAGAUGCUGAUAAUAAGAAGUGCUUAAUAAAUGUUUGCCAAGCCAAAAUGAAUCUAAUCAGCUACCAUAGAGCAGGAUUACAGUCUUGUUCUUGUAGUAUUGGAAAGUUUUGCAUUUGUAAUUUGGCAUAGGGUGCUUUCUGUAUUUAAAAUACAAAGCUCUUUUAUCUCAUUGUCUUUGAGCUCAGUGGUAGAAAUGCAUCUUGGAAUUUUAUAAUAUCUAAUUUUAAAUUUCCACUUUUUGGAAACUUUUCAAGCUGGCAUUUCAGUUGGUAGAGGAGACAGAUAUAACCUUAAACGGUGUAACUGCUAAUUAAGCUGCUUAAAGGCAACUGAUAAGAAAAAUCAAAUCACAUGAAUGUAUAUUUAAAAUAUAAUCUGAAAUAAGUACUGGCUAAAAUAUUUGAAAAUAUUUUUCUAAACUGUCAUAUGAUUGUCACAUUUCUAGUAUUUUAAUUGACACUUUGAACAAUCCUCCAGAAACUUUUCUAGUGGGGUUAUCUCAGCGAUACAUUAUAUAUUUAUGUACUCAUAUAUACUUAUGUACAUUUGUAUAUAUGAAUGGUGCAAUAAAGUAGUCCAAAAAUGGCAUCAUGAUUUUUCAAGAUGAUUUCUUGAUUUAAGAAAUAGGGGAAUAUGGAACAAGAUGUAAGCUCAAUAUUUAUUGAUUUACCUUGUCAUAUAUUUUCCUGAACAGAAUAUUCUUCAUGAACUGGAACAUGUGGUUCCAUUGGGAUCUCAUAAUCUAGGUAGAACAACACCAGAUUCUCCCUAGACUGACAGAAUUGUACUAGGCCACACAUCUCAAGUACUUUCCCAAUAAUAAAUCCCCGCCCGGUUAUCCUGUGGAAGCUUUUUCCAGAACAAAAAUAUUGUCCUGGCUCUAAUGCCUUGAUGAUCACUCUAAAGUUACAGAAAGCAUCCUUGAAUGUGAUUCUCCAAAGGCCAGAGGAAGAUAGCCCUCGAAGCUCGCGGUUCUUGUAGCCCCAGGGGCCAGGACUCUAGAAAUCGUUUAGUGAGGGAACAGCCUCUUGUUCCCAUGAGCUGAUUCUUCUUUCCAGGAUAGGCUGAUCUCCCUAGCUAGCUUCUACUUCCUCCAGUUCCCCUCAGGGUCCAUACACAAGGUCAGAGGAAGAGUUAGGAGGCUAUUUCCCCUUCUGCCUGAGGUUGUUCACUCAGUAUGUGAGUGUACCCUCCUCAGAACCUGCAGGACCCUUGUUCUUUCCUUAGUCCCCAAUUCUCAUGACUACAGUACCCUGCCCUACAUUGCCCGUAAUUAGAUUAUUAUUCUAAUUCUACCUUUUUAGGUCCACCAGCAUUCUUAGGCUUUCGUUAUGUACUUAAUUGAUGGGAAUGCAAUUCCAUAUACUUAUAGGGGUACAAACCCAUUAAUGCUUCAAAAGUGUUUCUUUCAAAUUCAUUUACUCCUUGUUCCUUUUAUGUGAUUCAGAAGUUUAACUGUCAUCCACAGCUCCUCGCUGAACUCUCUACACUGUUGUAUAUUUACUUUACAUAUACUUAUAUGUAUACAUGUUGUUUCCCCAGAUUAGAAUGUAAGCUCCCAGAGGGCAUGGAUUGAUUCAUUUUGUCUUUGUAUCUGCAGUACUGAGCAGAGAGUGUCUGACAGGGGCACUUAAUAAAUGUUUUUGGAUUGAGAAUUCUUAUUUUGUUGAUUUCCUAGAAGUUUGAAAGGGGAAAGAAAUUUUAAGUAUUAGUUUUGAUAUUAUUGGACAUAAAUGAAACCUGUCCUAUGCUCAGAAUACAACUAACCAGAAAUCUUAAUCAACUCUCCCCGCUGGCUCCUUUCUUGGGCUUUUGGAAUAAAGAGCAAAAUCACAAGACAAAGUGAUAAUUAAGGAUUUAUUAAAAAUUGUAACAAAGAUUUUAAAAAAUAUAUCCUAGAAUUGGCACAUAUUUAAAGCCUAAUAUUCUACACUUAAAUUUGUAACAAUGACCAUGAAUAAUAAUCAAGAAAAAUCAGAUUGUCUAGUUUUGUACUUGUAUUUGCUAUUUCCGAUUCUUUUUACAAAGGUCUAGAACAACUGGGUUGAAAUGUUUUUCUGGCAAACCUAAGAUAAACAGAAAAUUUAAGCAAAUCAGCAUCCUCCAGUUCUUAAGCAUUGAGGUAUUCAUGACUUAUUAUGUUGUUAAAAAUUAAGAAAUUGUUACACAUAAAUACAAUUAUAUGUUUUUUGUGACAUGUUUCAGUAUAAUAAAAGACUAAUAACUUUCUACUUAUUUUCUCUAAGUAGAUAUAUUCUCAUUCAAUUUUCCUCUUAUUUAGUCAUAUAUAAUGUUAUUGUUGCCUUUUUUUUAAGCUUGGCAUCAUUUCAUAAAGACUUUUUUUUACAUUCCUCAAACUCACUGGUCUUACAUUAGAAAACUCCAUUAUAUUAAGGUAGCCCCAUUUAUUUAACCAUUCUUUUAUCACAGGAUUUUAUCACAGAUUAUUUCCAGUAAACUAUAUCCAAAAAAUAAUAGUGUUCCUAUGAAAAUCUUUGAACAGAUUAA